AUGACACGCUUCUUGAAAAAAUUACUUUUACAGAUUUCUCUUACCGAAGGUGGCUCAAAGCCUGCCAUUCUAACCCCUAUUCAGCUAGCUGUCAUUCUUGCUCUAUUUCGGCUUGAGCGACGAACUGAACAUUGUGACGAAUUGUUCUUGGAAAGAGCCGAUGCCUUUCUGGAUGCCAUUAUAAAUCAAAGGCGGUGCUGGUCAGUCCAGGCAGCUGCUCUUUUGGCCAGAUGUGACCUAGAGAGAAUGAAAAAUCGAAGGGUGGAAAGGGCAUGCGCACAGUCGGAGUUGAUUUGCAAGUUGAUGGAUGGUGAAGAUGAGACGCCUGAGGAUGUAAAAACAAAACGUUGUACAUUAGUUCUUGCCAGUGGUCUGGAACCUUUUUGGGAAGCUCGUGUUAUCCAUGCUGAAACUUUGCGGUCUCUCGGAUGUACGGCGGAAUCUUUGCUUAUAUACGAGAAGCUAGAACUGUGGGACAAUGUAAUAGACUGUUUCAAGCAGCUUGGUCAACUGGAAAAGGCUGAAGCUUUGAUUAGAAGGUUGUUGACAAAUCGUCCUGAUGAUUCUAUGCUUUAUUGUUACUUAGGCGAUAUCACUUUGGAAACAAGCUACUAUGAGACAGCUAUCAAGGUAUAAGU